CAACUUCCAGGUUUCCCGAAUUUCUUCGUUUCUGUUUAUAGUUUCACCUAUAUCGUCUCACUUGUCGUGACUUCAUCUACAAUGUGAAUAUUCUCUAGAAUGCUAUAUCAUGUGUCCACAUAUACAAGCAUUGCUACGACGGUCAUAUUAAUUUCUAUUUUGUAAACUGGUCUAUUUAAAUGAAUUUUGUGAAGUGUCUUGUUAUAUCCUCAUUGCUCUCCUUGUUUUGAGAUUCGAUAUAUUCACAACAGAGCGAUCCAGAAUCAGAUAAUAGUGAUCAAUUUGUAGAAAGUGUUUGUUAAUAGAUUUUGCAGUACGACAUAGAAGAAAACGUUCAAUACGUUAAAAAUGAAAAUUAUCGAACGGAAUAGAAAAAGGGGCCUCCAUGUUUGGAAGAACGUGAACAAUUUCACUGCAAUUCGCUAAUAAUUCUGGCAGUUGACUGUAUUCUGAAUAAAGAAGAACUGCAUUUCUAAUUAAAUUUCAGAUCGAUGAGAAAGAAAUCGCAAGAAUAGAAGUAAAAUGGAUAUAGCAAGCAUUGCUUUGGGGGGGAUGACAUCAGGACUGACCCAAUCGGUGUUCUGGAUAAUCCUAACUACGUUUCUAUAUAUCAAGUAUACGAUUGACAAUUACGCUGCGAAGAAUGUUCCUUCCGAAGCACUAAUGUCGUCUUACGAUUUCAUAAUUGUGGGCGGUGGUUCUGCAGGAUCCGUCCUAGCGAAUCGCUUGUCCGAGAUAGAAGAUUGGAACGUGCUCCUUCUGGAAGCAGGUGGUGAUGGAUCAGAAAUCUAUGACAUUCCUGUUCUUGCUGCUAAUCUGCAGUUAACCCAAAUCGAUUGGAAAUACAAGACGGAACCUAAUAAGAAUUUCUGUCGAGCUAUGGAAGGAGGUCAAUGCAACUGGCCACGUGGCAAAGUCAUCGGGGGGACUAGCAUGCUAAACUACAUGCUGUACGUUCGUGGUAACAAAAAAGACUACGACAUGUGGGAACAGCUAGGCAAUACCGGAUGGUCCUACGACGAUGUGCUACAAUAUUUCAAAAAAUCUGAAGACAAUCAAAAUACUCUCCACGCCGAGACGCCGUAUCAUUCGACCGGAGGUUACCUAUCCGUUGAUGAACCGCCAUGGCACACUCCCUUAGUCACUGCGUGGCUUGAGGCAGGUCUAGAAAUGGGUUACGAAAACAUAGAUAUUAACGGAAAACAACACGCUGGAUUCAUGGUUGCUCAAGGGACGAUCAAGCGUGGCAGUCGAUGUUCCGCGGCGAAGGCUUUUCUACAACCAAUCAGGACGCGGAAAAAUUUACACGUCGUCAUGGAAGCGCAUGUUACGAAAAUUUUAAUAGAUCCGUCGUCGAAAAGUGCUUAUGGCGUAGAGUUUAUUAGAGACGGAAAAAUGUUGCGCGUUCGUGCGGAAAAGGAGGUGAUCGUUUCCGCGGGAUCUAUCAAUAGCCCUCAAUUGCUGAUGUUGUCGGGAAUCGGACCUAAAGAACAAUUAUCGAAACACGGCAUACCAGUGAUUCAGGAUUUAAGAGUGGGUCAUAAUCUUCAAGAUCACGUAAGUGUGGGAGGUGUUUCGUUCUUGGUGGACAAAGAAAUUGCGUUGGUGGAGAGCAGGAUAUAUAAUAUUCAGGAUAUGCUAGGAUAUGCGAUUUUCGGAGACGGUCCUUUGACAUUGCCAGGAGGUAUCGAAGGAGUAGCUUUUAUCAAUAGUAAAUUCGUGAACGUUUCUGACGAUUUCCCAGACAUAGAACUGAUUUUGGCGGCAGGAGCGACGUGCUCCGAUGGCGGUAGAAGUAUUUGGAAGGCUCAUGGCCUGACCAACAAAUUCUACGAUGCCGUGUAUGGGGAAAUUAAUAAUAAAGACUUAUGGACCGCGCUUCCUAUACUUCUAAGACCAAAGAGUAAAGGUUUUAUCGCACUUCGAAGCAGCAAUCCUUUCGAUUAUCCGUUGAUUUAUCCAAACUACUUCGAGCAACCGGAAGAUAUGGCGACGCUGGUCGAAGGAGUCAAAUUUGUGUUCGAAAUGAGUAAAACUAGCGCGUUUCAACGUUACAGCAGCAAAAUGAAUCCUAAACCAUUUCCUGGUUGCAAGAAUAUUUCCAUGUAUACCGACCCAUAUUGGGAAUGCAUGAUUAGAGAGUACUCCAUGACUAUAUAUCAUCCCACGGGUACCUGUAAAAUGGGGCCCAUUUGGGACCCAGAAGCUGUGGUAGAUCCUCGGCUUCGAGUUUACGGAGUUGCUCGACUCCGAGUCAUAGAUGGCUCGAUUAUGCCAAAUAUAAUUAGUGGUAAUACCAAUGCGCCGAUUAUAAUGAUCGCAGAGAAAGGUUCGGAUAUGAUAAAAGAGGAAUGGCUGAAGAAUAAGGUCUGAUAUCAAUAGUUCUUGUCGUAAAUUAAUUUAAAGCGAGUGCUGGUAGUGCAUUAAAUACUAGAAUCUUAUAGUCUUCGACACAACAUAAGUUUUCACUAUUAAUUUUUAUUACGUAAUACAGUGCGUAACGUACAAAUCAGAACGUAGGCAAUUUUUUUAUAAAAUAAAUAUUACAUGAUGUAAAUGUUAAACAUAUCGUUAUGCUAUAGGCUGUUAAGAAAUGUUUCAAAGCGGCUAUCAUAGUUGCAGUCUACAGCUUUGACCCAGCAAAAGAGUUGACCGCAACAUUGACCUUGACGCGUGCAACAGCGAGCUAUACGUUUCCAACGCGCAAUUUUCUAAGUAUCGAGGACUAAUAUUCACUGCUUAAAACACAAAGAAAUCUAGAAAUUAUUUAAGUGGUUAAUCAUAUUUUGCGGUAAUGAUUUUAUUUAACGAUUUCACACAUUGUUUAUGUUACGUCGGCCGACUCUCUACCUAACUCAGGUCACUCACUGCGGGCAAAAUGGCAUCCAGAUAUCCAUACAUCCUUAUUGCGUACCCUCGAUAUUCUUAAGGACUUGUACCGACCAUAAAUCUCAGGAAUUUUCUAGCUAAAGUCCUUCAGACCUAACAAAGAUCUUUUUACUAAAGCGUUUUCUAAGGUUUAUUGUUUAUUACGAGAAGACACGAGGAAGUUAGUUUUUCUCACGCACGAUGCUUCCCACUAUCAACUUUCUAUCGAGGGCAGCUAAGACCCUCCCUAAUCCAUCAACCUUCUUAUUAUCCAAUCAGAAACAAUGUUUACUGUCCUCACUUUCCUAACCAAAAAUGUCAUCAACAAAUCCGAUGGUGCCGUGCGCUAGACACGCCCAUCAGUAGCUUUUCUCCGACACAGCAUCGUCAUUAAACUUCACUUAUUCUUCAUCGUUAGAAUAGUCAACAAAUAUCUGUAGCGGGUCUCUACCCUUAAAUCAAUCACUUACUUAACUUGUACAUACGCAUCAGCAUGACUAUUCAUCGUUACAAAGUUGUUGGAAUAAAUG